UCGAAAUUUUUUAUUAAUUUGAAUCGAUUGAAAUAAAUUUGAAGUGAAAAUGUCGAAAGAAAAUAUGAAAUUUCUUGAGGAAAAUCACAUUCUCCCGGGAUUAAAAACAAUGGAAAAUCGAGGUUAUUAUGUGUGGAAGAAAGAAUCUGAGGAGAAUUUGAAGAGUUCGUCGGAGCCUGACGAGACGAAGAGGAAGUCUUCCUGGCAACGUGGAGCACUCAGAAGUGCAUGCGAAGACGUCCUAGCGAGAAUGAACAUAGCGAGUUUUCAACAGAUAAACAUUAAUAAAAGUAAUCUCAGAUCUGUUUAAAUGGACCCGAAACCUCCGUCAUUCUCAGGACAAUCUCACUUGUGCAAGGCAAUAGAGGAAGCCGAGAAAAUAAUUCUAAAGAAAUCUUUCAACGACUCGUCGAAACGUGAGGUUGAAGAGAAAAUAAAAUACGUGACAAUAGUCACGGGAAGAAAUGAAGAAGCGUUGACCAGCCCUCGACAUUUCUUCACAAAAAUGGCGAGUGUUGCCUGGGACUUCCUCAACGUCUCCAACGUCUUCCCUAAAUCUUGAUUCAGAAUAAUCAUAAUUUAUCAACGAAUUAUAAUUCAUAUCAUUCACUCGCAAAAGAUUCCUGUCAAAAAAAUAUAUUUAUUCGGAUAUAUAAAAAUACACUGCUUCCAUUAAUUUUUAAUUAAUC